AUGGUACAAACUAUGCCAAUCGUUGAGAAUGCCAUAAAGGAAGUAUGUAUUGCUCUUGUCCCCGAAACCAUGGUCAUUGCUGACCUAGGAUGCUCUUCCGGACCAAACACAUUGCUCUUCAUCUCCAAUGUGAUAAACAUCAUAGCUGGCCAAUGCAGUAAAUCUAUUGGUGAAUGUGAUCCUGUGGAACUUCAGAUCUUCCUUAAUGACCUACCAGGUAAUGACUUCAACCAGCUCUUCAGUUCACUCGAAAAAUUGAACCAAGGUACAAUAGUGGAACAAGUACCUGAAGAACUUCAUGCAAGAAAUGGGACUCUGUUAAACAAAGAUAAUAUUUACAUCACAAAGACCACACCGUCAUUUGUGGUGAAGUGCUUCCAGGAGCAGUUCCAUAAGGAUUUCUCCCUCUUCCUCAAGCUGCGUCAUGAAGAACUUGUAUAUGGAGGGAAAAUGGUUUUAACAUUUGUUGGGAGGAAGGACGAGGAUGUAUAUAAUGGAGACAUGAACCAACUUUAUGGAUUACUUGCAAGAUCAUUACAAUCUCUUGUUGCAAAGGGCCUUGUGGACAAAGAAAGACUAGAAGCUUUUUAUCUACCGCUGUAUGGGCCAUCAAUUUCUGAAGUGAAGGAAAUGGUCUUGGAAAGCCACAUGUUCAAAUUGGAUUACAUCAAAUUAGUUGAGCUAAGUUGGGAUCCUUAUGAUGAUACAGAAGGCGAUGAUGUCCAUGACAGCGUCCGUAGUGGUAUCAAUGUUUCUAAGUUUGUUAGAGCAUUGCUGGAGCCUUUGAUUGCAAGUCAUUUUGGAGAAACCAUACCUGACUUACUGUUUGCAGAUUAUGCAUGUCUCAUGUCCAAGCACCUUGAGCAAGAGAUGUCAAAAUCUGCCUUUAUCAUAAUGUCCUUGAAGAAACUGUAG